AUGAAUGCAGACGGUCAAGGAACAGCCCCUACCAAUCAAGAAAGUGCAGCAACAACGAAAACACCGAAGGCAACAAAGACAAGGAGAUUGGCCGCCGGUUUCGAUUAUGGUUGUGGAGAAGACACAAUUUUCUCUAUAUCCGGCAUUCCAUUCACCUCGAAUAUUAUCGUCUUCAUAGCGUGCUGUUGGGCAGUGAUUUUUGGAACUGGGUGUUUGAUUCGUGUCAUCUUCGCAUAUCAUUGGAACGGUUAUGUCCAUGGAGUAGUCACUUUCUUUGGGUUUGUUGCCGUUAUUCUCACUAUUCUUGGUUACUGUCUGGACUCUAGAUAUUCAGGACACUGCAUGUUAGCUGCUUUUAUAGCAUGGGGCUGCGCAUUUCUCUCUGCCCUCGGAUUGGUAGUCCUAUCUGGUUUUGUGUAUGCAAACUUCAGGGAAAACAGAGCAGUCGAAGGCUUUCGCAGUUUCUUUCUUUAUGGUAUACUAUGGAUUUUUUUCACCGACUUACUAUGUCUGGUCACAAUGGGCCUAGAUGGGCUUGCUGCAUUUGCAGGAUUCAAGAUGUGGAGAAACAAAGACAGGACAGUCUCAGCUACCUCGCUUGCUUUGGGAAAGAAAAGCUUUCGUCAAAUGUAG